UGUGUUUGUGUCUCCUCUCAGCAGAGGCACACACACACACACACACACACACUAACGUGAGGCGUGCUCGCAAACGGUUUUUUUUUCUUCCCUCCUUGCCAUUGAAAGUUUUGUUUUUGUCGCCUUAAGAUUGUUUCGACGUUACACUGUGUGUAUUAAAAAACAUUCCGCUUUGUACAACGCAAUAUUUAUUGGCCCCAAAGCUGCCGACUUCGUUUCUUCUAAAGAGUGUCCGCUUCCCCUCCCCUCGAUGAAGCGCUGCGAUGCCCUCUGAUUUUAUAUCCCUCCUUAGCUCGGAUCUCGACCUCAAUUCCCCCAAAUCUCUAUACUCAAAAGAGUCAGUAUAUGACCUCCUCCCCAAAGAGCUCCAGCUCCAGCCGUCGUCCACCCAGACAGACCCACCCACCAUGAGCCAGAAGAGUGGGGGAGAGGCGGGACCUCCCCCCUCUGCAGCCUUGGCCUCAGAUGCCACCUCCUCCACCUCCAGCCCCUCUGCCUCCUCCUCCCUGGCCAUGGGAGUCCCAUCCACUGGCUCCUCUACCUCAUCCUCAGACCAUCUCAAGGUUCCCCAGCACGUCCACUCCAGCGGAGGGGAUGGAGCUGGAGCUUCAGAGAUGCAAAAUGCGGAGGGUGCUGUAUCUGCUACGACCAGAGGCAACAGUGGAGCAAACACUGCAGCAGGAGACAUAGGGUCAGGAGUGUUGUCAGGGCUAGGAGUCCAGCAGCCUCAGAACACCCCAUCAAAACGGAGGCCUGUGUUGAGCAUAUCCCCGCCACCUGAGGAUCUAUUUGACGACAGCCAGAUGUCCUGCCAAGAGGAGCCUACUGUGUCCGCUCCAACGGGUCCUGAUUCAGAGCAUAGCAGCAGCAUGUGGGCCGAUGACUCCGUUUCCAACUUCAGCCUGAUCAGCUCCGUCUCCUACAACGACAACACAGAAGUGCCACGCAAAUCUAGAAAACGCACCCCUCGCCAGCGGCCAGGCCCCAAGCCUGCUCCUCCGGAGGACAGCAUGGAUGUGUUUGAUGCUGACAGCGCCAAGGCUCCUCACUUUGUCCUCUCCCAGCUGAGCACAGACAAGACCGCUCCCAUAGCCAGCUCUCUUGAGUCAGGGACUGCAGUGAAGGGUGGGUCACUGUCUACUCAGUUCCCCCAGAGGAGUGAUGGAAAGGAGCUAAAGAUCCUGGUGCAGCCAGAGACCCAGCACAGAGCUCGCUAUCUGACCGAGGGCAGCAGAGGUUCUGUCAAAGACCGCACGCAGCAGGGGUUCCCCACUGUCAAGUUGGAGGGUGUGAGUGAACCAGUUGUGCUGCAGGUUUUUGUAGCGAAUGAUGCAGGCAGGGUGAAGCCUCACGGUUUCUACCAGGCGUGCAGAGUGACGGGACGUAACACUACUGCCUGCAAGGAAGUGGACAUUGAGGGCACCACUGUGAUUGAGAUCCCUCUGGAGCCCAGCAGUGACAUGACACUCGCGGUGGACUGUGUCGGAAUUUUGAAGCUGCGUAAUGCAGAUGUGGAGGCCCGUAUUGGUGUGGCAGGGUCCAAGAAGAAGAGCACACGCGCCAGGCUGGCCUUCAGAGUUGGUAUCCCCCAACCUGAUGGAUCAACCCUUACUCUACAGGUUCCCUCAUCAUCCAUCCUCUGCACCCAGCCAGCAGGAGUGCCAGAGAUCCUGAAGAAGAGUCUUCACAGCUGCUCAGUGAGAGGAGGAGAGGAAGUUUUUAUCAUUGGAAAGAACUUCCUCAAAGGAACCAAAGUUAUUUUUCAGGAGAACAUCGCAGAUGAUAAUUCCUGGCAAGCUGAGGCAAAGAUUGACAUGGACCUUUUCCAUCAGAACCAUUUGAUAGUGACAGUCCCUCCAUUCCACAACCAGUCAAUCACUUCUCCAGUUUCUGUGGGAAUCUUUGUGAUGACCAAUGCUGGUAGAUCACAUGACGCCCAGACCUUCACCUAUACUCCAGACUCAGCUGAUGACUCAAAUGUCCGGACAGUAAAAACAGAGGGACCCUCCCUGGUCAAGACGUGUAUAUUUGAUGUUCAGAUCAAAUCUAUAUCGUCUGAGCGAAAUGACUGCUCUGUUCAGCCCUCCAAACGGCAAGAGGACACCCCAAUGGAAGUGUCUAGCAAUCCACCUCCUACAGAUGUCUUCAAGCCCUCCCCUGACCCUCUUGUCUCAGUGCAGCAGACCCUGGAGCUUAGCUCUAGUCCUCAUCCAGGUGGAGAGUCCUUUCAGAGCCCAAUGCCCCUACAACCUGAAGACGUGGAGCUUCCCCAGGCACCCCCUGUGUUCCCGAGCCUGGAGACUCUUAGCACCAUACAAAAGCAAGAGAUUUCCCCCACAACUUCCUUCCCAGUGUCAGGAGAUACUACAAUCCCUCCUGUGACGCCUGAAGUCCCUCAGCAAUUCCUCAGAGACCCUCAGGACAACUUGCCUCCUGAGAGUUCCAGUAAUAGUGGAGGGGUUGUAGUCGUGGCCAUGCCCCAGAUAGCACCUCCCUCUCAGCCCCAGCCACAACAGUCGCAGGUUACCCUAUUCCCACAGGAAGGGGUGGCCCAACUGGAGAGGGCAGUAAGGGAGCUACAGGCCGGAGGUAACACCACACUCCAGCAGGUGUUUGAGGCGGCUGUUGUCCAGCAGCAGCUGAACUCUGUGCUGUACAGCCCCACACCCUCUGCAGACUCCCUUCAGCAGCAUGUCCAAGAGAACAUGAAUAGCCUUCGAUUGGGAACCACAGAUAAUUCACUAUCGACACAGCAACAGCUACAGAUACAACAGCAACAGCAGAUACAUCAGCAACAGCAGAUACAGCAGCAACAGCAGAUACAGCAGCAACAGCAGAUACAACAACAACAGCAGAUACAACAGCAACAGCAGAUACAACAACAACAGCAGAUACAACAGCAACAGCAGAUACAACAGCAACAGCAGAUACAACAGCAACAACAGAUACAACAGCAACAGCAGAUACAACAACAACAGCAGAUACAACAGCAACAACAGAUACAACAACAACAACAACAACAACAACAAAUACAGCACCAGUUUCAACAGCAUCAACAAUUACAGCAACAACAGCAAAUCCUUGGUAACCUUCAGCAUCAGCAACAGCAGCAACAUUUGCAGCAACAACAGCAGCAAGUUCUUGGCACCAUGCAGAUUCAACAACAACUUAUAUUACAACCGCAAGACCAACAGCAACUGCAGCAGCAACAGCAGCAGCAAAUCAUUGACAAUAUUCAACAGCAACAACAGUUGCAACAAAAUCAGCAACAGCAAGUCCUUAAUAACAUCCAACUUCAGGAUCAGCAACAACAAAAUCAAAUACUUACCAAUUUACAACAACAUCAGCUGCAACAGCAGCAGCAACAGCAGCAAAAUCAAGCACUGAGCAACUUACAACAGCAACAACAACUGCAAGAGCAGCAGGUCUUGGAGAAUUUACAGCAGCAACUUCAGGCUGAGCUGCUUCAGCCUCAGAUCCACUCCUCCCCACAAGUACAGCAGCCAGUGGCCCUGAUUGGACAGGCUGGAGAUCUGCUAACAAUUCAGACCAGCUUCCCAACGCAGCCUCCAUCCCACACAUCCCCCCCACAACAGCUCUUCCAAUCACCCAGGCCACUUGCUGAGACCCAGGGCACCCAACAGCAGGUCCAGGCAGCCCUACUCCAAAAUACACUGACUGUUCUGACAAGUGGCGGUCUCAACUCGGAGCAACAGUCAACAGGGUCAACCUUAUACUUGUCCCCAAAUCCACAGCCCCAGCAACAGCAGCAGCUGGCAUUCAUUUCCUCCAUGGAGACAUCCAACCAGCCCCAGUCUGUUACAAUGUUUCAGAACCAACCCCAGGCUCAACUUUCCCAAAUGCAGCAACAGAGCACUCCGAUGGAGCAGCAGCAGUCUCCACAGCAGAACCAACAACAGCCACCACAGCUCCCCAUCAGCCAGCAGGGCUCCUUGUUCCAAAGUAUCCCAAAUCACUCGCAGGCUAACCCUGGCCCCCAGGGCCAGCUUUCCCAACCCCAGCAGACAGGUCUGCUCCUCUGCACCACAGAUCUAAACCCACAGGCUAUUCCCCCCACUAUUCUCUUCAGCACUCAGACCCAAGGCCCUUCCCCUAUGGGGAGCAUUAGCGUUGGAAUCCCCCAGCCAGACGCAGCAGAGCCCAUGUCCUUCCAAGACCAGAGCUCCUCAGGCAGCAAUUCGACAUCCACUGAGAACCAACAGCAGAGCCUGUUCCAGGAACAGCAGCCAAUGCAAGUGGGCCCAAGUUCUAACAGCAUCCCGAGCAGUCAACCCGUGGAGCUGUUCUUACCACAGACAUCUCUGUCCAGCCUGCAGAGCACUAUUGGCUCACAGGAGCUCAACAACCAGGCUCCAGCCCCUGGCACAACCAUCUUUGUGGUGCAGGGUGGUGUGGGUGUGGUAGCCAACCCUGGACAGCAGCCCCCAGAGCAGCUUUUCCAGACCACUGUGGGUGGGAAUGUGGCUCCACAAGGGCAGGCCAACCUGUUUGUGUUUGGCAUCCAGAACGAUUCGCCCCAGCUGCUCAAUUCCUCUGGAUCUACCUUGCCUGCUCAGAGCCAGCCCCAGAACUCCAGUCACAUGCAGCCUUUGUUGGACCAGACCAUGGCCCAAGCUGCCCCCUCCAUGCCUGCCACCAUGCACGGCAGCUUGCAGAACACCCUUCAGGCACAAAUGCAGUCCAGCUUAGAGAACGCCAUGCAGACCAGCCUGCAGAAUGCAAUGCAGACAAACACACAAACAGCUCUGCAGUCCAGUUUGCAGGCGACCAUAGAAACAAGCCUGCCAACUCCAAUGCAGACCAGUCUACAGACACAGAUACAGAGCAGCUUACAGAAUCAGUUGCAGGCAUCAAUAUCUGCAUCUUCCAACAUGGAUAAAAUCGAGGACCUACUGGAAAGCCUACAGAAACAGUGAUGCAUGUUUGGACCAUGAGGGCACUAAGGAGAGUGAGUGAUAUGUAGCUGAAAGUUAUACAUCCUAACACAAACAAACAGAAAAGGGGGUGUGUGUGGUGUUUUUAGCCAAUUCCACAAAACUACGAAAAUUUUAAAUAUUUAAAAAUUAAAUGCCCCUUUUACCUAAAAACCCAAAAUAUGAGCCCAUGUAACUCCUCGUUUUUAUGAGAUAUUUAUAAUUAUAGCGUCAUACAUCCAUUGUCCUUGAAGUGAUGAAUCCGCCUUUGUUAUUACCCCUCUUGCAGGAUCAGAGAGGCACGUAAUAACUGCUUUAUCCAUCAGUCUCAGAAAUGCAGUGUUUUGUUUUGUGUUUUAAAAAUGUGAGCCUAAGAGAUGAUGAUGAUGAUGAUGACGAUGAUGAUGAUGAUGACGAUGAUGAUGAUGAUGAUGAUGAUGAUGAUGAUGAUGAUGAUAAAAGCCUACCAGGUUUGGUGGAAGAACUGGAAAGGGAUAAAGAAUGUCAGUGACAGGGAAACGAGAAUAGUAACGUGAUGGAGAUGAGUCUGUAAAAGCAGCUGGAGUAGAUAAAACAGCCAGCCAUGGAGUGAAUAACAGAUUGCACAUAAGUGUUAGAGAUGGGCCGAAUCUCAUUUUGCAAGCCGUCGCGUCUUUCUGAGAAUCUGUGAAAUGUGUUUUUGUCCAUUCGCCGUGUGGAGCGACAGUGGAAAUGCGGGGGGAGAUUACCUGGAUAAAAACAGGGAUGAAAUAAAGUCUCGCCCACCAAAUUUUAGAAUAAUGUAAGAUUUCUUUGACAAUUCAUCAAACCAAGUGUUUGCAAUCAUGACAACAAUUUGCCUAAAAACUACUCUAAGAGUAAAAAAACUAGUAAAUUAAGUACAUUUGUAGAAAUGUUCAUCCUCUGUAACAGAGACUAUGAGAGUUAUCAGGAGGAGAAGAGUUAAAUAUUGUUAUUAAAAUUUCACAAAAAUGAAAUUAACUCACUCACCAAAAUUGGAAUCAACACAUUCUGGUAUUACAUUUCAGGGGAUUCUCCCAUGUGCAGAAGGAAGAGGGACUCUCAAACACUCACAAAUGAGAUUCAACCUGGUGAAUAAUGUGACUUGGCCUUUUGACACCUCCCAGUGUUCUCAUCCGUUCAGGCCUGGUUGGUGGGUUUGCAGAAGCCUUCUUGGUGAAUUUUAAGAAGCAUUCAACUAUGUAGUGUGUGUAUCUUUUUUUUUUGUUUUUGAAGAAGUUGGUAACCUUUACCAGUUUCAUGUGGAUAGAAACUUUCCACUAGUGAAAAUGGAGUGUUGUGUGGUUUUAUAAACAUUUUAUCUCAAGCACUUUAUAACCUCUAGCUAAUCCUUAUAUCCGUCCACAGCUCUCUACUGACCCAGCUGAAUUUGUACUCGAAAACGUCCAGUAGAAAAAAAAAAAAAAAAGUCAAGAAAAACAGAAAAAAUCAUAAAGCAGAUGUCUUUGUAAAGGUGGAUACAUCCUUAACCGAACAUUUUUAUCAUGUCAUGUCUGUAUUCAAUAUUUUUGAGGUCUAGGACAACUUUGUAUAGAGUGUCUGCUCACUGUUGAAUUCCUCUUUGUAUUCAGUCUCAGUGGUCCAGUCAAGUCUGUCAAAAGAAAAAAAAAAAAAGCCAUUCCCACAAAAGCAUUGUCAUUUUUCGGUGGUGGAGUGGUAAGUAGGCCUUUUGUGUUUUACACACUGACAAAACACCUAAAAAUACUGAUUCAUUUAGUUUGUGCAUUGAAAUGAAGGAUUUUCGUCAUAUUGCUAUUUGUACUAUUUACUGUUCAGUCUGUCACUUGAGACUGUUUUACCUUGUGUUGUGUUAAAUAUUUAAGUUUUUUUUGUCUCAGUGUUGGUACCAUGUGCAGGCUGGCGCCAUGUGAAGUUGGCAUCCAGUAACCGUCCCUUGUGUUGUGAACAGGGGCUCACUGGUAAAUGAAAUCUCUGUUACAUAGAGGCCGCCAUUUUGAUUCUAUCUAUGGUGCUAUGUACAGGAGUGACGGGCACUUCUGAUGUGAUGUUAAUACAUAACAGUUUAUACUUCUAUAUCAAAUAGCACUGACAUUGAUAGUUUUGAAGCAGAGUCGAGUCCAGAGAGCUGGCUGUUGUUGUGGGGUCAGACUGGAGUGCACCCAGGCAUACCAAAGCUCCUGUUGUGAAUCGUCAUCAUCUUGUCUCAUACGUGUCCUCGCAAACGCCCUCGUAAUGUUUACUCAUUUGUACUUACUCAUUUAACUUAUGCAGCUCUUACAUGAAUAGCAAUUCAGCAUGUUGUUUUGUUCAAGUACAAGAUUUUUAAAAGAUAUGUAAAGGUACUUUGUUUCAUGGAUCAGUUAAUCUCUCAUUAACAUUUCCACCAAUUUGAUACUUUACAUUUCUCAAGACAUUACUCUAUUUUUUGAUGCAAAAUAACACUGCUGUACUUUCCAUAUCGACGACAGUAGCCAAAUUGCCGUUAUCAAAAAAACAAGCCAACUUUGAGAAUAAUUCUAAUGUUAGAAUAGCAUUGCUCACAUAUGCAUUUGUUUACAUUUUCAUAGUCAUACUAUUUUUGUCCUGCGGCUGUUAGCGAUCCAUUUUAAAGUAACUUAUCUUUUUUAGAAUUUUGUAUCCAUGUAUCAAAAUGUAAAGUAUUUUUGUAAAACUAAACUUUUUUUGGUUGAUGCUCAUAGCACAGAUUAUCAUUGCUGGUAUGUUGUUGUUUGUUUUUUUUCCUGACAUGAAGCGCAGGUUUAUUGUGAAGUGUAUGGUUGAAAUUAGAGAUGUAAUUGAGUUGACAUCAAGCAAACAUGUUAAAACUUAAUUCUACCAUUUUAACAUUGACUUUACCCAACCUGUAUAACAUAAUACAUGGGCUAGGUUUCUUGUGUGUGUGUGUGUCUGUGUGUUUUGUUUUUACCUUUUCUUUUUUUUUCUUUUUCUUGUAAUGUCAUGCAUCUCAAAUGGCACUUUGACUCAUCCAUUAACUGUAGGUCAGGUUAGAGCGCAGUAGUGAUGUUUCCAAGCAUUCCAUUCCCUUUGGGUAGGGGAGUUUAAGAGCACAUGAUGAUUGCGAGAGAAGUGCGGAACAGUAAUGCCUCUUGAAGCCAUACCAACACAGAAAGCCAACCUGUGACUUCAGUUUCAUGAAUGUAAGUUUUACCUCAUGGUGUGGACAUAGAGCUUGCUCUAAAUCUAACAUCGGACCAAUUACAGUUUUAGAGAACAUAUAUUUUGAGGCAGACGGGGAUGGGUGGGGUGGCACCAAAUGUCACUUGUAUCACUGUACAUUUGUCGGAUUGUUUUGUCUUGGAUCGUGGUGUAAUGUCAUGUUUUCACUUCCAGUCGUUUUCAUUUUGAGCAAUCCAGGAUGCUCAGUCUGACUCUAAGAAUAGCCACUUCCACCUGAGAAAAACCAUGUGAAACAUGAAUUUAAUGGUGGUGAAGAUAGCACACAAAUCUUUACACAAUAUCGGUUUUGUCCUUCAGUCAUGUUGAUGAAUAUCCAUGUAUAUUUAAAUGUGAAAUAUACUGCAGGGGUAUCUUGAAUUUCAAUUGUGAUGCUUUCAACAGAACUUUGUGUGCCUUGAUAACUUAACUGUUACUCUGCUGUGUUUACUGGUGUCCCUUUUGUGUCACUGCUAUUUGGCUCCUUGUCCUUUUUAUUUUGUGGGACUGUUUGACAUCAGGACACGUUUCAGUGAUUUACCUUUUUAUUUCUAAACACAAGCAUAACCAUAGCCCAUCCCAAGAUAUAUUUUUCACCAUUUUCUCUUUUGGAAAUCCAUCGCAAGAUAUCAGAGUGAGAACUCUCAACAUAAUAUUGUGCAGCUUCACCCGUGAAUUGUCAACUUUUGUUUAUUUUCUGUUGAAAGUAUUUUUUUUUUCCAUGCCUCAUGAGAUUUGUACAUGUGAGGUAAAAGGGACGAGACAGUGGAGAUUGUUUUAUGGAGAGCUUUCUUGUGUUGAUGUGCUUGUCAACAUUACUAUUGCUGUGAAAUGCUUGGAUCAAAAGGAGCAACCAUGAUAAAUUAACUGUUAAUUGCCAAUAGUGUGAGCUGUUAUCUUGUGUGUAAUCAGUUUGCUCACUUUUCCUAGUUCGCUUUCUAUUUCACAUUCUCCAACAGUUCUGUUGUAUCCGUUCUGUGUAGCUUGAGCUUUAGUAUCUAGCCUUAAGACCCUGCAGUCGGGAUAAAGGUCAACCCCAGUGUGUUAUCAUACAUCUGAACUAUUAUUAACAUGUACUUUGCCUUGGUCUGGACAUUUGUAUACUCUUCUGUUUAUAUCUGUAAUCCUGCUGCUACAUUAAAUGAAUUAAUAAAAUCUAAAGCUUCUUGA